AUGGCCCCCAACGCACGCCGCGGCCCUUGGUCGCAGGCCGAGGACCAGUUUCUCCUCUCCAUCGUCUCGCAGCAGGGCGCCAACAACUGGGUGCGGAUAUCGCAGAUGCUGCGCACCCGCACCCCUAAGCAGUGCCGCGAGCGCUUCCACCAGAACCUCAAGCCCACCCUCAACCACGACCCCAUCACCCCCGAGGAGGGUGAGAUCAUCGAGCGCCUGGUUGCCGAGAUGGGCAAGAAGUGGGCCGAGAUUGCGCGCCAGCUCAAUGGCCGCAGCGACAAUGCUGUGAAGAACUGGUGGAACGGCGGCCAGAACCGCAGGCGCCGCAUGUCUGAAAGGCGCCGCAGCGAGGCCCAGACGGCCGCCGUCCAGCAGCACCACGCCGGUCACUUCCACCACCACCAGACCCAGUACCAGCAAUUCCACCAGCCGCAGCACUCGUACCACUCGCGCCCCGCCCCACUCUCCAUCCAGCCGCAGCCCUACAGCGCCCGCGCCUACGACACGCCCAUCCCCUCGCCCUCUGGCCAGUCCGUGCUCUCCACCGAAGGCGCCCCCUCCCUCAUCACCGACAGCGGCUCCGAGUCGCGGUCACCCCACUACGCCGCCUCCCCCAUGGAGCAUCCUCUUCCCCCGCUCAUUGGCCGCCGCGACGAGCGCCGCCGCUCCAGCCUCGCCUACCUUCCGCGCAACUCAUCCUUUAUCAACGACGACGAGAACUCGCAACUCGCACCGCUGCGCGCCUCCUCUGCCGACAACGGCGACGCCGCCGCCCGCAAGCGCGAGCAGAUGAGGCUGCCCGAGCCCCCAUCGUUCGUCAGCAACGGCGGAUCUCCCAUCUUCCGCGAGCCCAACUACAGCUCGACCGGCAGCAAGCAGCUGCCUCUCCUCACCCAGCCUUUCACUGCGAGCGGCAGCGUCUCGAGGAGGUCGAGCCCCAUCCAGUUCUCGCCCCACCGUGCCUCGUACUGCCCGCCCCAGCAAUUACUGCCCAGCUUCAGCGAGCUGGUGCAGCCGCGCGCACACAGCACAACCACGCUGGCACCGGCUCCCUACCUACCACCCAUGAAGCCUAGAAGCCCCACCAGCAAACCCAACGCCGUCGCCUCCAUUCUGAACUGA